AAGCCCAGCUUUCUUUCUGUUGUUUUCUCGAUUUUACAUGUUUUUGUGAAAUCUUGAGAGCUAAUUUGAGCAGAGAUGGAUUCUGGUUAUAAACCUGCCGAAGAUUACGUAGUCAGUGGCGCAGAGCAGCUAGAUGACGCUGGUAUAACGCGUUCUGAUGAGCUUUGGCUUAUCCAAGCCCCUUUAGGCCGAUUUCCAGAAAUCGAAGAGGACACUCUUAAGGUUGAGCUAGAUAAAGAUGGGUUAUUUGGAGGAUUCGAGGAUUCAGAUGGUGGAAAGUAUGAUCUUGCUAGCUUUACUUGUCAAGAUGUUGAUGCAGAGUUGAUUAUACCUUCUGAAGAAUCAAUGAUUGCUGGGAAGAUUACUCGGCGAGUUGCAAUAGUUCGUUACCCUGAGCCAAACGAGCUGCUUCAGAAAAUGAAGGCCAGAACACAACAGAAGCUUGUUGGAUCAGUCACGAAUUCCUCUAAGAAAUCAUCUAACCUAACUCAAAGCAGCCGGCAUAAAAGCGGUUCACGUAGCAGCAAAUCGAAGAGCAUGUUCUCUAGCUUCACCGAGACUCCAAAGUCGCCAAAAAGAAAACAUUCAGAGUCCUCCUCAGGAAAACAUCGGAGCUCAACAAGUACCGUUUCAGGCUCUUCAGAACGAUCGGGAAAGAUUAAGAAGAAGAAGGUGAAGAAGGAAGAGUAAAGAUCUUUGUGCCUGUAUUUUUUUUUGUAAGAGAGUGUUUGUGGCUGUUAAGAUGUUAAAUUUCGAUUAUGCAGAUGAUAAACAGCCAGUAUUGUA